GGCUCAAGUGCUUAUCGUUUCGGUAUACAUCCUCGGUCGUUCUCAUAUGUAAUCUGCACAAGAUAAAUUAUACCUUCUGCCCGGCCCUGUUCUCAGGUCAUACCAUUCAUUCCAGUGCUACGAGCACUGCGUCUUUCAUUUCUUCCAUUUUUAUCAGUAGCCCCUAACUGGGAGCGUUCAUCGUUACGUAUUUAGGUAGAUAUACGCACACAGAUGAUCUGGUCACUUUUCUGUUUGCCUCUCGUUUAACAUUGAGCUGUCAUACAUAUUGAGAUACACCGACGUCGAUUAGCCCCUUAAUCCUACCGCACCUAGGCUGCUAUUUAUAUUAUAGUUAUAAUAAUGGAUAGUCCGUCUUCGAAAAAGUCUAAUUCGUUGCAUUAUGACAUCGUCAUCGUUGGAGCUGGCCCUGUCGGGCUCAUGCUCUCGACGUGUCUCGCAAGAUGGGGAUAUAAGAUCAAACAUAUUGAUAACCGAGCCGAACCCACACCCACAGGACGCGCAGAUGGUAUCCAGCCUCGGUCGUUAGACCUCCUUCGAAAUAUGGGCCUAAAGUCAACCAUCAUGGCUCAUAAGCCCGCGAGAGUAUUCGAAGUAGCCUUCUGGGACCCACCUCAUGACGGCAAGGGUAUCGUCAGAACCGGCACUUGGGCAAGUUGUCCGAGCUUCAUCGACGCAAGAUACCCCUUUACCACACUCCUGCACCAGGGACGAAUCGAGCGUGUGUUCAUCUCAGAUCUUGCAAAGAAUGGUGUACAAAUUCAACGGCCGUGGACUAUCAAGGGAUUCGAGUCGAACGAUAUUUCUAACCCGGAAUAUCCUGUCGAAGUUUAUCUCGAGCACAUCGACGGAACUCGCCAGGAAACCGUCCGAGCCAAAUACUUGUUUAGUGGUGAGGGCGCUAGAUCUUCCGUAAGGGACCAGCUAGGUAUCAAAAUCACGCAUAAAGACCCCAUUUCGCAUGUUUGGGGCGUUAUAGAUGGAGUCGUAAAGACUGAUUUCCCGGACAUCAAAAUGAAAUGCACCAUACACUCUCAGCAUGGGUCAGUAAUGGUUAUACCUCGCGAAGACAACAUGGUUCGGCUAUAUAUCCAAAUUGCAUCGUCAACGGAUGCAGAUUGGAGCCCGCGCAAAACUGCUACGGCGGAAGAAGUCCAAGCUUCCGCAAAAAGAAUUUUUGACCCGUACUUAAUUGAAUGGGAACGUGUGGAAUGGUAUUCGGUAUACCCUAUAGGCCAAGGCAUUUCAGACAAAUACACAAUUGAUCAUCGUGUGUUCCUAGGUGGCGAUGCGUGCCAUACUCACAGUCCAAAAGCCGGUCAAGGGAUGAACACGGCGUUCUUGGAUGCUCUAAACCUCGCCUGGAAGCUUCAUGCUGUCGAAGCUGGAUUCGCAGACCGGGCUAUUUUAACUACCUACGAACCUGAACGCAAGGAUGUCGCAGAGACUCUGUUGUCCUUUGACAACAAAUACGCUAAAUUAUUUUCGCAACGACCCCCAGCUGCAAAGGAAGUCCAAGCGGCGUCAGAAGAGACGAGUGCCCAGAUCGAAGAUAAUGAGUUCGUCAGAACUUUCAAGGAGGCUUGCGAGUUUACCAGUGGCUAUGGUGUAGCGUAUAAACCCAACGCACUGAACUGGUCACCAACUCACUCAGCCAAAUCGCCAUUGAUUCAUCCUAAAGAAACAAAACUACGGACUGGACGAAUUAUGAUCAAUGCGGACGUUACGCGGGUUGUCGAUGCUAACCUUGUGCACCUAGAACAAGAGGUUCCCCUCAAUGGCUCAUUUCGCAUAUAUAUCUUUGCUGGGAGACCUUCUGUCACCUCUAAGGCCCUGAAGGACUUCGCUUUUCAUCUCGGAAAUAAAAAGUCCUUUUACGGAUCUUAUCUCCGGCCGGAUAUCGACUCUGUCUCGCACCACGAGAAACAUAAUCCGCAUAGCUUCUUCUUUACUCUCUGUACUGUGUUUGCUGCUCGACGGGACCAGGUUGAGAUCUUACGCGACGUGCCGAACCCGCUUGCUCGUUAUCGCGACCACGUUUAUGCCGAUGAUAGAUGGGAUCGCCGCGUGCCUGAUGCAGAGGCCGCAGCCCAUGCUAAGAUGGGUCUUGACCAAGAGAGGGGUGGUAUUGUUGUCGUUCGACCCGAUGGUUACGUAGGCAUCGUGACAAGUCUAGUCGAGGGUAGCGGGACCGUGGAUGCCUUGAACGAGUAUUUUGGUGCCUUUACUACGAAAAAGUUGGGUGAAGCGGUAGCCCAGCUAUAAAAUUAAUGCAGCGCUUCAGCAUCAAUUCAUGAUGAGUAUACCCCUUGUUUUUCACCUAUGUGGAACCUACAUAGAUCGAGAUAUCACAAUACCCUUAUGAUCAAGAAUGAAUAUUUCAUGUUUGAUAAGGUAUUUAUUUUAAAUAUCAAUAAAGCUACUAAUUAUACCUA